AUGGGCAAAGUGAGAUCAGCACCGGGUGCCCCCCGUAAAGAAGGUUUCAAUAAAUCAGGACAUUCAAUGAAUCCUGAUAGACCGACUGAAGGACUCAAAGGAGUUGGGAAGCCUAGAACAAAAGGAACUAUAAAGCGUCUUCAAAUGUAUCGUAAUUUUAAAGCCAAAAGAGAUAAAACAGGGAAAAUUCUUACUCCUGCACCAUUUCAAGGUUGGCUUCCAUCAGGUACUCGAGCUCGAGUAGAACCUAACCAAAAAUGGUUUGGAAACUCUAGAGUUAUAUCACAAAGCGCUUUACAAAAGUUCCAGGAGGAAUUUGGGGCAGCCGUAAAGAAUCCUUAUCAAGUUGUAAUGAAACCAACCAAUUUACCCAUAACAUUACUUAAUGAAAAAGCUAAACAUGCUAGAGUUCAUUUAUUAGAUACUGAAGGCUUUGACAAAACGUUUGGGCCAAAAAAGCAAAGAAAAAGAGUGAAUUUAAAAUUUAACGAUUUAGAAACUUUAUCUAAAGCUGUUGAGGAAAAUGCUGAAAAAUAUGAUGUAAAUAAAGAUGUUGACAGGGUACGUGAAGAUAGUGGUAUGAAAGAUGGGCAAAGAGAAUGGAUUUUUGGUGCAGGAAUGAGCAGAAGAAUUUGGAAUGAACUGUAUAAAGUCAUUGAUUCAUCUGAUGUUUUAUUACAAAUUUUAGAUGCGAGAGAUCCUAUGGGUACAAGAAGUCCUUAUGUUGAGAAAUUUCUUAGAGAAGAAAAACCACAUAAGCAUUUGAUUUUUAUCUUAAACAAAGUAGACUUAGUUCCAAACUGGGUGACACAAAGGUGGGUUGCUAUUCUAAGUUCAGAGUAUCCCACAAUAGCUUUUCAUGCAUCUAUGACUCAUCCAUUUGGGAAAGGAUCUCUUAUAAAUUUGUUACGACAGUUUGCAAAACUACACAUAGACAAAAAACAAAUAAGUGUUGGGCUCAUUGGCUAUCCGAAUGUUGGCAAAUCAUCUGUUAUUAAUACAUUGAGAGCUAAAAAGGUGUGUAAAGUUGCACCUAUUGCUGGUGAAACAAAAGUUUGGCAAUAUAUUACUUUAAUGAGAAGAAUUUUCCUUAUUGAUUGUCCAGGUAUAGUGUAUCCUUCAGCAGAAACUGAUACUGAAAAAGUUUUGAAAGGUGUUGUUAGAGUUGAACUGGUCCAAAAUCCUGAAGAUUACAUAGAAGAGGUAAUAAAAAGGGUUAGAAAAGAAUAUUUAACGAAAACAUACAAAGUAGAAGGUUGGAAUACAGCUACAGAAUUUUUAGAGAAAUUAGCAGCAAGAACAGGGAAAUUGUUAAAGAAAGGUGAACCAGAUGUCAGUCAAGUAGCAAAAAUGGUACUGAAUGACUGGCAGAGAGGCAAGUUGCCAUUUUAUGUAGCACCUGAAGGUUUUGAAGUGCCUUUAACUAAGCAACAACAAAAUAAAGACACAAAGGAAAUUCAAACUAAGGUGGAUGAUAAAAAAGAAGAAAAAAUACCAAAAGAUUCAAUUUCUACUGAAGCCAAAGAAGAAUCUGAUAAACCAGUACUUACUGUUAAUAAAUUGAUUAUAGCACAAGAUUUUGCUAAAAUAAGAGUUGGCUUGCAAUUUGAUAAUGAUGAAGAUGUCAAGCCUCUUGAUGAUGUUGAUAUCCCUGAAGAAUUACAAGGUAUUGAUGAACAAAAUGUCACUAAAUCAGACAAUGAAAAUGAUGACGAAAACGGUGAUAAUAAAGAAAAAGAACAGAAUGAUGAUAGUGACUCUGACAUAAGCAAUUUCUAUAGUGAUGCUGAAAAUGUAUGUAGUGAUGUAGAAGAUCAUUUGACUAAUGAUUCUGAAACAGUAAAAGAAUUGAAGAGAAAAAGAUUGCAAGUAGCAAGUGGUACAUUUACAGUUGAAGAAAUGCUGCCAACAGGAAAGAAACAUAAGGCGAAUGAAAUAUUAAAAAAUAUGAAAGCUAAAAUGACAGCUAAACAAAGAAGAGCAUUAGAUAGAGCUCAAAAACGCACAAAGACUGGAAGCAACUUUUAUGAAGUAUCAAAUGUAAAGAACAGAAAUAGAAAUAAAAAACGACUUGUC